CAACGGUUUUAGAUCCUAGAGGGUGUUUGACAAUUUGUCGUGAGCAAUCGCCAGCCAGUGUAGAGGUCCUUGAAGCAGCGAACCAAAUUUCAGCACCCAAUUACUCAUCGAAUGAUUACAUAUAUGAAGCGACAACGACCCCUCCCGUCGCCGCCGUCAAUAACCACGGCUACUGGAGAACCCAUCCUUUCAAAAAUCACCUCAACCAAUUCCACCAUAUCCUCAUACUACUCUUCCAAGAAACCUAGAAAAGCCCUUAUUUCAGACCUCAAAACCCCCAAACGGGUAACUCUCAAUUUGAACAAAUCAGAGCUCUUUUUACCCCUCACAUUCCCAACCGGCCAAACAUUCAGGUGGAAACAGACAUCCCCUUUUCAAUACACAGGUGUUGUUGGCUCCCACCUUGUCUCCCUCAUACAACUUCAAGACGCAAAUGGGACUGACGUAGCUUAUACUUUUCACAACACCCCCACCUCCGAUCAAACUGCUGCUAAAUCAGCUCUACUGGAUUUCCUUAAUAUGAGUAUUUGUUUGAGUGAUUUAUGGAAGGAGUUUUCUGCUUCCGAUCAACGGUUUUCUGAACUGGCGGAGCAUUUGAGCGGUGCCAGAGUGCUCAGGCAAGACCCACUUGAGUGCCUUAUUCAGUUUAUUUGUUCCUCUAAUAACAAUAUUAAGAGGAUAACCCAAAUGGUUGAUUUCAUAUCAUCAUUGGGUAAUCAUCUGGGCGUGGUUGAAGGGAUUGAGUUUUAUGAAUUCCCCUCUCUGGAUCAAUUGUCAAAAGUUUCUGAGGAAGAGCUUCGAAAGGCUGGUUUUGGCUACAGGGCCAAGUACAUAACUGGCACAGUGCAAGCACUGCAAUCAAAACCUGGUGGAGGAGCAGCAUGGCUUGCUUCUCUUCGUGAAUUAGAGCUUCAAAACACAAUUGAAGCCCUUACUACUCUACCUGGUGUGGGCCCCAAAGUUGCUGCUUGCAUUGCUUUGUUCUCUUUAGAUCAACACCAUGCUGUUCCUGUUGAUACACAUGUCUGGAAGAUUGCAACCAGAUACUUAAUCCCUGAGCUGGCUGGAACAAAAUUGACACCCAAGCUGUGUAGCCGUGUGGCAGAUGCAUUUGUGGAAAAAUACGGGAGAUAUGCUGGAUGGGCUCAGACUCUACUUUUUAUUGCUGAAUUGCCUUCACAAAAGGCACUUUUACAGUCUCUAACUACUCAAACAAAGGAGGCAGCCAAAGAUGUAAAUCACAAAAAGUCACAUCAUUUCCGUGCCUUUAUCAAAUGA